CCGGGAACUUCAUUCAUAAAAAGACCCGACUCGCGCCUGUGAGUCAGAAGCCGCCGCGCAGCAGCCCCGGGCAUGUUCCGAGACUUCGGGGGACCGGGACCGAGCUCCGGGGCCUACGGCGGCCCCGCGCAGCCCCCCGCCUCGGCCGCGCAGAAAUUCCACUUUGUGCCAAGCGUCAACGCCGUGAGCGGAAGCCAGGAGCUGCAGUGGAUGGUGCAGCCUCACUUCCUGGGGCCCAGCUACCCCAGGCCUCUAGCCUACCCCUCCUACAGCCCCCCACAGCCCCGGCCAGGGGUCAUCCGGGCCCUGGGGCCACCCCCAGGGGUGCGGCGGCGGCCGUGUGAACAGAUCAGCCCUGAGGAGGAGGAGCGACGUCGAGUGAGGCGAGAGAGGAACAAGUUAGCUGCGGCCAAGUGCAGGAACCGAAGGAAGGAGCUGACCGACUUCCUGCAGGCGGAGACUGACAAGCUGGAGGACGAGAAAUCCGGGCUGCAGCGGGAGAUUGAGGAGCUGCAGAAGCAGAAGGAGCGCCUGGAGCUGGUGCUGGAGGCCCACCGCCCCAUCUGCAAGAUCCCCAGCGGGGACAAGGACAGUGACUGCACUGGUGGCACCAGCUCCAGCAGCCCCCCGGCCCCCUCCCGUCCAGUGCCUUGCAUCUCACUCUCCCAGGGGUCUAUCCUGGAACCUGAAGCACUGCACACCCCCACACUCAUGACCACACCCUCCCUGACUCCCUUCACCCCCAGUCUGGUGUUCACCUACCCCAGCACCCCUGAGCCCUGUGCCUCAGCUCACCGCAGGAGCAGCAGCAGCAGUGGGGACCUGUCCUCAGAUGCCCUGGGGUCCCCCACACUCCUGGCUCUGUGAGGCACCCGGCCCUGCCGGGGGCCGCCUUAGCCACUGUCUCCUUGACCUUUGGGUCCAGCUGGCUGGACUGUGUCCCACUCCUGACCCCAGCUCUGGUUCUUCUCUGUCCCUCUGGAGGAGACUGAGUGUAUUUUUGUUCCCAAAAGAGCUAGCUGGGGGGGGGGGGGGCUCCCAGAGCUGCCAGUCGUGUCCCCAGAGCUGGUCUCUCUAGCAUACUUUGCGCUAAAUCAGACAAAAUAUCUCCCGCUUGUGCGAGAGAACUCCUGGCAGCUCCUGGGACUCUGUAGAUGCUUCCAGAACCUGAAUCCCCCUGCAGUCUUACCCUUACCCUUCCUUGUGUGGUCCAUGCAGCCCCACCCCAACAGGAGGUACCCCCCCCCCCAGCCUAGAACACUAACCCCCGACCCAUGUCAGCAGCACCAGUGACAGAACCAGGGCAGAGCCCGGCUCUCCACCUGGCAUCCGAGGCUCCCGUGAUGAGCUAACCCCUAAGUCCCAGUUCUGAGGAGCCUCAGGGCUUCCAAGCCUCCACAGCGAGGACAGCUGCUAUUUAUUUUCCUAGAGAGUAUUUUUAUACAAACCUGCCGACAUGGAAUAAAAGACUCCAAGCUCUG